GCCUGCAAGCUCAGAGAAGGUAAUGGGGAAGGAGGCGGCGGUGAAGGGGGAGGAGGUGGGCGGAAAAGGGCCGGUGGUGGUGACGGGGGCGUCAGGCUUCGUCGGCUCGUGGCUCGUCAUGAAGCUCCUCCAGGCCGGGUACGCCGUCCGGGCCACCGUGCGCGACCCCUCGAACGUUGGGAAGACUAGGCCGUUGCUGGACCUUCCCGGCGCAAAGAAGCGGCUGUCCAUCUGGAAAGCCGACCUGAGCGAGGAAGGCAGCUUCGACGACGCGAUCAAGGGCUGCACCGGCGUCUUCCACGUCGCCACGCCCAUGGACUUCGACUCCAAAGACCCCGAGAAUGAGGUGAUCAAGCCGACGGUGGAAGGGAUGCUGAGCAUCAUGCGAGCCUGCAAGGAGGCCGGCACCGUGAGGCGCAUCGUCUUCACGUCCUCCGCCGGGACCGUCAACAUCGAGGAGCGGCAGAGGCUCGUCUACGACCACGACAACUGGAGCGACGUCGACUUCUGCCGCCGCGCCAAGAUGACCGGAUGGAUGUACUUCGUGUCCAAGUCCCUGGCGGAGAAGGCGGCCAUGGCGUACGCCGCGGAGCAUGGGUUGGACCUGAUCAGCAUCAUCCCGACGCUCGUCGUCGGCCCGUUCCUCAGCUCGUCCAUGCCGCCCAGCCUCGUCACCGCUCUGGCACUCGUCACAGGGAACGAGGCCCACUACUCGAUCCUGAAGCAGGUGCAGUUCGUCCACCUCGACGACCUCUGCGACGCCGAGAUCUACCUCUUCGAGCACCCGGCCGCCGCCGGUCGCUACGUCUGCUCCUCCCACGACGCUACCAUCCACAGCCUCGCCGCCAUGCUCAGGAACAGAUUCCCCGAGUACGACAUCCCGCUGACGUUCCGGGGGAUCCACGACGACCUCCAGCCGGUGCACUUCUCGUCCAAGAAGCUCCUCGACCACGGGUUUAGGUUCAGGUACACGGUGGAGGACAUGUUCGACGAAGCCAUCCGGACGUGCAGGGAGAAGGGCCUGAUCCCGCUCGCCACGGCCGGAGGAGACGGCCCCGUGCGCGCGCCCGGCGAGACCCGAGCGGCUCUUCGGAUGGAUGGCCCGGUGAUAGGCGCUUAGAAGAGCGCUAGUGUGUGAGGCACCGAUUGAUGCUGUUCUACUGCAUGCAUGCUAGCUUCCCGUCUCUACCUGUGAAGCGUGCCGGCGCAGAUUGUUUUCAGUCAAAAUAAAAUAUUUCAGCUUUUACCAUAGUUUGCUUCGACUGUGUAUACCCUUCCUAUAAAUAAGCAAUAACCAGAUGUUUUUUUUUUCCUUCUUUUUUGCAAAAUGAGCCACUACUAGAGGCUUUGGUAUAUUUCAGGCGAAGUGCUCAUUUCAUAUGCCAUAAGGCCUAUUUGGAAUAAAAAGGAACAAAUUAUCCGUGUCCA